AUGACAAUUCAAUUCAAUUACAGAGACAACGAAAUCGUCUCGUCGCCAACUGUAAUAGUGAGCGGUGCAACAACUUCGGGAACCCAAAAUGGAAUUAUAUGCUUCACAAACAAUGACAACCGGGUGUUUCCUCCUCAAUAUUUCGAAGUCAACAAUGGCCAAUUUAAAGCAUUGGUACAUGUCUCGCCAGGUGAACCCAACCAAUUUCGCGUUGAAGUGAUGGAUAAUGGAAUAAUUUCAAGCUUUGGUUUCUCUGAGUACAAGAAUGGUAGACCAAAUAUAGUUGACAGAGGACAGUUGAUUCUUAUCUUCAAUCCUUUGCCUCAAAACAAACCAGUGCACAUGUGUCUAAUUAGAGCUCGGGAUUCACCAAACACAUAUGAUAUGCCACAAUACCGAUUGGCACGACGUGAGCAGCCAAACUUGGAGAACGCAGUGAAGAAAUUGAAAGUUGCUGCUCGGUUAAUGCAAGCCUACACACAAGACGAAAUGAGAACUGUUGGGUUUAGCAAUAGGACUUUUCAAUUUGUCGAGGAAACGACUCUGGAUCAAACAAUAUUUGGAUAUAAAGUGCAGUCGCCAACACCUCAUCAAGAGGUUAAAGUUCACGUAUUGACAAGUCCCAAAAGCGUUGCUGAGUUGCGGAGCCCCGAUUUAGCUCAACAGAACCCUUCUGCUAAAGAUAAGGGUGGGCUUUUCAGCCACGCAAUAGAUUUAAUAAAGAAAUCAGAUAUAUACGAUUCAAAAAGAGGGACAGCUAUUCAAUGUGCUGUGAUGUACUUGGACUCAACUUAUGACACAAAGAACAACUUGAUUUUGACACAUGCGGCACUCGGUGGUGGUGAUAGUGGGGUUAAAUUAGCUAUUUUUGGGUCUCACGGACUACACGCUUAUCCGCAAAACUUUCCAUUAGUCACUCCCUCUUUCUUGGAUAGCACAAAACUAUCCACGAACGAGGUAGCAAAUGAUUGUAAUGAGUGUGGCACUAGUUGGGAGUGCUUGAAUAUUUGUCUUGGAGCUUUCAUGCAUGAAAUUGGUCACUUAUUGGGCUGCCCACAUCAAGUUGAUGGGGUAAUGCUUAGAGAUUAUAUAUGGUGGAAUAGGUCAUUCAUGACUAGAGAGCUCGAAUGCUUAAGAACACAUUCCCCUGGGGUGCUCAUCGAUAGGAAUGGCCAGUGGCCCAAAGUUUGCCACUGGAACAGACUAGAUUUGAUUAGAUUUUUAUACCAUGACCUGUUUUCGUUACCUGUUGACAAGUUUCAAAAAGUGCACAGUACGACAAUGAAACCAGAUUCACUGUAUACAGAUCUGGCAGUUCCGCUGCUGUAUUCACUGCCUGGUAAUGGUGCUGUUAUGAUGUCGGAUGCAGGAAUUUUUAUAGUGGAGAUUGUUGAUGGAGAUUUGACUCGGUACCAUGAACCUUAUUUGCCUUUGGAAUAUGGCGGUAAUGGAGUGGUGCACCAAUGCACGAUAAAUUAUCCAGAAUAUCUUUCCAAAUUGAGGUCUGCUAAAAGGGAUGCAGGGGAGGAGUAUAAAGUCAGAGUAAUGUCAUUAGCCGGUGACCUCUUCAUCAAUAACUUCAAAAAACACUGCUCACCACUGGAACAGGAUGUGGUGAAAAGCGAUUUUGGUUUUGGUCGUGGGGAAUUGACUGGAUACAAAAGUGAACUAUUGGGACGUGCCAAGGGUGAAAUGCGUGUUGCUGCUUUUGAUUUGGCAACCGUUUAUAGGGUUCGAGUAUAUUCUGGUCGAGCUCUAGAUGGUGUUCGAUUUUAUUUCAAGACUGGUGGAGUGUCUACUGGGCAUGCACCAAAGGUGCCACCGAGAAAUUACCUCAAAAAAGUGUUUGGUCAUCAUGACGAACAUCAUCAUGAAGAGCAUCAACAAGUUAAUGGCGAAGUGAAGGAUGGCUCGUCUUUAGUGGGUAAGGAGACGGGAUCGUAUUCUGACUUUGAAUUACAAAACGGUGAAGAGAUUGUGAGGUUUAAUAUCAGAAAUGGUGCUUGGGUUGAUGGAAUACAAGUUGUGACAAAUAGAAAUAGAAGCUCUCCAAUGUUUGGAAACGCUCAAGGGGGCCACUUGUCGUCUUUGAUGAAGCCGUCGAAGGAUGCUGAGAUAGUUGGUAUGUAUUUCUAUUUGGGAGGUUGGUUAGACGGAUUAGGGUUAAUCUAUACGUAUAAAUAG